AAGGGAAAAAAAAAAGCUGGGUUACAAUAAACUCUUACGCGGCUUCUCUGCUUUCUUCUCCCACUUUUUCUGCACUAUUUACUCUCCUCCAUUCCCUUUCACAAAAAAUAAAUUGAGAAAAAACAGAAAAAAAAAACAACAGAAAGACAAGGAGAGAGAGAAGGAGAGAGUGACUCAUCUCUCGGAAGACGGAGAUCGACCUCUGAAGUUACCAUUGUUUGGUCUCCGAAGAAAACCCCCUCACAAUGCCUUCCAAUUAUCAUUUUCUUUUUCUUCUUUCCUGCUCUUUUUUGUUUGGCUUGGCCUCUUCUACCACCUUCAUUUCUGAUAAUGUUUUUGAGUCCCAUGGCUCCACAUCUCGUUCCCUUCUUCAAGCCAAAAAGACUUGCAACAUAAACUUUGAGUCACAAAACUAUACAAUCAUCACAAGCAAAUGUAAAGGGCCCCAAUACCCACCUCAGUCAUGUUGCUUGGCCUUCAAGGAAUUCGCUUGCCCUUUCGCAGAUGCCAUUAACGACGAGAACAGCGAUUGUGCUGCCACCAUGUUCAGCUACAUUAAUCUCUAUGGAAAGUACCCACCUGGCCUCUUUGCCUUGCAAUGUAGAGAAGGCAAAGAAGGUCUUGACUGCACUGACAUACUUGAAGCAGCCAAACAAAAGACUAGUGCAGCUCAUAUAACAUACACUACUCCAUCCACAUUGCUUCUCCUGCUUUUAACUGCAUUUUCUCUGUUAUUAUUCAAUUUGUUCUGAGAUAACAAAACAUCAACAAAUCUCCACACAAACAUAUAUAUAUAUAUAUAUAUAUAUACUUUAUAUUCAUUUUCUCUUCUUUUGUCGUUGCUUUUGUAGAGACUGUUCUCUUUUUAAGGGUGUGGUUCUUUUUUCAUUUUCCAUUCUUCAGAAACUUUGUAUACUAGAAUUACUGAAACAUAUAGUUUACUAGACAAACAAAUUUGACU